UACUGUGUGUGAGAGAUAGAGACUACAGCUUAUUGGCGACGACGGCGGUGCUAGCGGUAGCAGUUGUAUCGAGGCGAAGGGGGUCUCCUGUGAUAACACCUUUAGAUGAUCCACCCGAAUUAAAUUCAUUUUUUUGCCUGGAUUUUCCCGAAGCUGUUUGUGAAAGUUAAAAGGAGAAGGGAGGAAGGAAAAACAGAGUGAUUUACCGAGAGAAAGCGGCGGCUGCCCACGGCUUCGUCUGCGCUCUGCAUCCCAGCUGUCGCGAGCGCUCGGAGGCGUUCGGUCGGUCAGUCCGCGCGCGCUUUUCUCUGCUGUCAAAAUAAUGGACGAAGAAAACCUUGUGCCUGAUGACCUCUCAUUGGAAGAGAGAGAAGAACUGUUAAAUAUACGAAGGAGAAAAAAAGAGCUAAUGGACGACAUUGAGAGGCUGAAGUUUGAGAUUGCAGAAGUUAUGACGGAAAUUGAGCAUCUGACCUGUGUGGGUGAGAGUAAAACAUCCCAGAGAAACAAGCAAAUUGCAAUGGGGAGAAAAAAGUUCAACAUGGAUCCCAAAAAGGGGAUCCAGUUUCUCCUUGAAAAUGAUCUUUUGCAAAACACUCCAGAAGAUAUAGCUCAGUUCUUAUAUAAAGGUGAAGGUCUGAAUAAAACUGUGAUUGGAGAUUAUUUGGGUGAACGGGAUGACUUUAAUAUAAAAGUCUUACAAGCUUUUGUUGAGCUCCAUGAAUUUGCUGACCUCAAUCUUGUUCAAGCCUUAAGACAAUUUCUCUGGAGCUUUCGGCUUCCUGGUGAAGCACAAAAGAUUGACCGCAUGAUGGAAGCGUUUGCAUCAAGGUACUGCCAGUGUAAUCCUGGGGUCUUCCAGUCAACAGAUACAUGCUACGUUCUCUCAUUUGCAAUAAUCAUGUUGAAUACAAGUCUGCACAAUCCGAAUGUGAAAGACAAGCCUGCAGUUGAGCGGUUCAUAUCCAUGAACCGAGGGAUUAAUAAUGGAGGUGACCUCCCAGAGGAGCUGCUUCGGAACUUAUAUGAAAGCAUCAAAAAUGAGCCAUUCAAAAUUCCUGAGGAUGAUGGGAAUGACUUAACUCAUACAUUCUUCAAUCCAGAUAGAGAAGGAUGGCUUUUGAAACUUGGGGGUCGUGUGAAGACAUGGAAGCGACGGUGGUUCAUCCUGACAGAUAACUGUCUGUACUAUUUUGAAUACACGACGGAUAAGGAACCAAGAGGAAUUAUCCCUCUGGAAAAUCUCAGCAUCCGGGAAGUGGAGGAUCCCAGGAAGCCUAACUGUUUUGAACUUCAUAAUCCAAACCACAAGGGCCAGGUAAUCAAGGCAUGUAAAACAGAGGCUGAUGGAAGGGUCGUGGAGGGCAAUCAUGUGGUGUAUCGGAUAUCUGCUCCAACGCCAGACGAGAAAGAGGAGUGGAUAAAGUCCAUCAAAGCGAGCAUCAGCAGGGACCCGUUCUAUGAUAUGCUGGCUACAAGGAAGAGGAGAAUCGCCAACAAAAAAUAAUGGUGGCAAAAAAGGAGAGACCAGCAGCUCGUUCUGGUUUUUUUUCCUUUUUUUUUUUUGAGGUACAGGGGUGUCCGCGUAAGUGUUGGCCCAUGCCAGGCAGUUUGAACGUGACAGGAAGAAAUCGAGCUGUCCAUCCUGCACGUCUGCCUCGAGUACCGUGGGGCUGGGUAACUGACGUUGCAUUCCCCCUGUCCCUCUACCAAGGACUGUUGCGAGAAAAUGUCUGCAUGUGCAGGAAAUCUGAAGGACUUUGAAAACAAGCAUCAAGUGCUCUUAAAAAAACACAACAAAAAAAGCAACCCUCAUCCCCUCCUUCAUGACAGCAGUGGUGGAUGUGGAUGGGUUGGGGGCCAUGUUGCUCGACCAGGACCUUGUAGAUCCCCCUUUAGCAGCAGCAACAGCUUGGAUCAGCUGGCCUGACGUGUACCAGGAAGCCAGUGAACGAGGCUCUCCCAUCAGGAUCUGCUGAACUGGACGCUUGGAUCCUCUCUUUCCAUUUCUUCACUCCAUUUUCAGCUUGGCAGUGGAGAGGUGUUGCUAGCAUUCCGAGCUGCCAAAGCCUGCCCUUGGCAGUAUUGUAUAUUUAAUUCAUGUACUACGACAUGUUAAAAGGUGUAAUUUCUUUUAAGUUAUAUGUAAAUAUUGUACAGCUUUUCAGUUGUGUAUUAAUGCAUGUGUUCUGCACUUGUACUGGGCAGAUGCCUCUCUGUAAAUCCUGAUAGACAACGUCUUGGGGUGGCCACCUCCUGCAGACCCCGGCCACGUCAGUAUUUAUUAUGUUUGUGUCUGCAGUGCUGAGUGUGGAGAAAUGCGUAUGAUACUAAGUGGUGAGGAUCUCCAUUCUGGUGGAAAGAGCCAAUGCAUUGGGUAUGUAUUGUUAUGGUGGGGCGCCUCAUAUAUGUGCUUAUGGGAGCACCAUACCAAAAUACACCACGUCUGUCCUUUUUGUUCAUUUAACAGGCCGUAGAGCGUUGGAACAAAGGAGUCGGCGUGCUCACUCAUUAUAGUAAGAAUCUCUAAGGCACCUCAACCCCAAGGGGUAUCUCCAUUGGCCUAAUGUCGUGUCACUGCUCCCCGAGAUCCCAUUGAGCCCGGGCUACUUGUCCUACAGGACUCGGCUGCGGAAGGCAGCAAUCGUAUGUGUUGUGUUGAAAUGACGGAGACCUGUUGUGUAAAAUCAGGGACUGGAAGCUAAUAAAACAAGUUGAGUGGAUUUGAGGAAUCGC